UGACCUACAAAAUGGUUUUCGGUUUAAUGUUGGAAGGAUUUUGAUGUCGGUGCUUGGCUUUUUUGUUUUAUUUUUAACGCACAUAGGUAGAAAUACGCAGAAGUGUAUUUACGAAAAGCCAAACUUCAUUGAAACACAGGGGUGAGGAGAGGAGAGCUGCUCGAUGUGACUGUGGCUCUCGUCGAACCAUGAGUAACAGUCACCCCCUGCGUCCACUGGCCUCUGUCUCAGAGAUCGAUCACAUCCACCUGCUGUCGGAGCAGCUGGGCGCCCUGGUGCUCGGCGAGGAGUACAGCGAUGUCACCUUCAUCGUGGAGGGGAAGCGUUUCCCGGCGCACCGGGUCAUCCUGGCAGCUCGCUGUCACUACUUCAGGGCUCUGCUGUACGGCGGGAUGAAGGAGUCCCAGCCUCAGGCGGAGGUGUGUCUGGAGGAGACGCGGGCGGAGGCCUUCUCCAUGCUGCUGCACUACCUAUACACGGGGCGCGCCAGCCUCAGCUCGGCACGGGAGGAGGUGGUGCUGGAUUUUCUCGGCCUGGCUCACCGCUACGGCCUGCAGCCGCUGGAGGACUCCACCUCGGAGUUCCUGCGCACCGUGCUGCACACCAACAAUGUCUGCCUGGUGUUUGACGUCGCCAGCCUCUACUCUCUGAGUGCCCUCAGUGCGGCCUGCUGCGCCUACAUGGACAGACACGCACCUGAAGUGUUGAAUUCAGACGGCUUCCUCACUCUCUCUAAGACCGCUCUCCUGACUGUGGUCAGCCGUGACUCGUUUGCCGCCAGCGAGAAGGAGAUCUUCCUGGCUCUGUCGCGCUGGUGCCGCCAGCAGGGGGACGGUAGUGGGGACGUCGGGGGUGGGGACACACGCGUGGUGAUGUCGGCCGUGCGGCUGCCUCUCAUGACGUUGACGGAGAUGCUGAACGUGGUGCGGCCAUCCGGCCUCCUGAGCCCCGACGACCUGCUGGACGCCAUCAAGACCCGGUCGGAGAGCCGCAACAUGGACCUGAACUACCGGGGGAUGCUCAUACCAGAGGAGAACAUUGCCACCAUGAAGUACGGUGCUCAGGUGGUGAAGGGGGAGCUGAAGUCGGCGCUGCUGGACGGAGACACACAGAACUACGAUCUGGACCACGGCUUCUCCAGGCACCCCAUCGAGGAGGACGGCAGGGCCGGGAUCCAGGUCAAGCUGGGUCAGCCGUUCAUCAUCAACCACGUCCGCCUCCUGCUGUGGGACAGAGACAGCAGGUCGUACUCGUACUACAUCGAGGUGUCGAUGGACGAGCUGGACUGGGUGCGCGUCGUGGAUCAUUCCAAGUACCUGUGCCGCUCCUGGCAGAACCUUUACUUCACGCCACAGGUUUGCAGAUACGUUCGCAUCGUGGGAACACACAAUACCGUCAACAAGGUCUUCCACCUGGUGGCGUUUGAAUGCAUGUUCACCAACCGCUUGUUCACCCUGGAGAGCGGACUUGUGGUGCCCAGCGACAACGUGGCGACCAUCGCGUCCUGCGCCAGCGUCGUCGAGGGCGUGAGCCGCAGCAGAAACGCCUUGCUCAACGGCGACACGCGCAACUACGACUGGGACUCGGGAUACACCUGCCAUCAGCUGGGCUCUGGAGCCAUCGUCAUCCAGCUGGCUCAGCCGUACGCCAUUGGAUCCUUAAGGCUGCUGCUGUGGGACUGUGACGAGCGCUCGUACAGUUACUACAUCGAAACCUCCACCAACCAGCAGCAGUGGACGAGGGUGGUCGACCGCACCAGGGUGGCCUGUCGAUCGUGGCAGACGUUGAAGUUUGAUAAGCAGCCUGCUUCCUUCAUCCGAAUCGUUGGGACACACAACACUGCUAAUGAGGUUUUCCACUGCGUUCACUUCGAGUGUCCGGCUCAGCUCGACACCGAGGUCGCUGAGGGCAGUCCCGGCGUCAACUCGUCCGACUCUGGCGCCGCGCCCCUGCAGCCCCGCCCCCAGCGGCCUUCACGCACGCACAGCCUGCUGCCCACCCAGUCCUCCUCCUCCUCCUCCACCUCGCCGCCGUCCUCACAUCAUUAAGAGUGGAAAAGAGAAGCCUCAGAAAUUCCAUUUUUGCACAGCCGUCAUCAUCCAGACUACACUGCUGAGACGCUGCUAAAGGAAAGGCUCAUCGUCAUUCACCGUGGUCCUUCUGUCGUCAGUGCAACGCUAGGGACGUGGUUUUUUUGAUCUGUAGCAGAAACACACGUAACAAUCUCCACAGUCUUCCCAGUUUUAAAAACUGAAAAGUUAGAUAUUGCAUCCACUGGCUCAUAACAUUUUUGUGAAGGUAACUUUUUUAGACUUAACUAGAGUUUUAUCCCUGAAAAGGUGUAAAAAAAAAAAAAAAGAAGUGUAAUCUUGUCCGGUGACGAUAACACGUGCCCACACACACACACUGAAAUCAGACAGACGUGGGGUUGUUGAAUUUUAUGGGUUAGAAAUAUUUCCAAAACAGAAAUGGAUUUUAUCUCCAAACAAGAUAUUUUUUUAAAGAAACUCGUCUUAAAGAACGUCUCGGCACUUUUCAUACCAUCGGGCUAACAGAGUACAAGUCCUAGUAUUUUUUCAAACGUUGGAGUCCUUGAGGGUUUUUUGUUUUUUGUGCCAAAGCCGACACUUUCUGCGGCAUUUGUGUGCAAAUAGCACUUAAUUCAUUUUAUGCAUUUGCAUUUUUUAAGUAAUCGCUGCUUGAGUAUUUUGAUUGACGGGCAAAUCCCGAUCUGGUCGUUAAAGUUCGUACCCGAACAAAGAAAACCAGCGCUUUUCCAUGACACUG